AUGGAGCCGAUGGAGACGAAGCUGAUGGCAUGUGUUGUCUUGUGUAUGACGACACUGGUUGCCGUCACACGGGGUGAAGGGAUGCCACACACACAGAAUACCGUUACAGAUUUGCUGAAGGCGGUUAACAAGAAACAAAUCAAAUCUGCGGACAGUGGUGUUGACAGGAUCCCUGGACAACGUGGUGUCCAUUCAACAGUCUAUAGAGACUUAAACUCCGGCAAAUUUACCUUUGUCUUGGCAGUCCAGGAGGAAAAUGCCUAUUUCAACUGGACGAUAUUUGGAGUAUACAACAUCAACAAAUCAUUGCCCUUGUUAGAACUUAGCACAUACCAUUCCAGCUCUGACAAGUCCAGGCUUUUCACUGUGAGGUACCAGGGGAGAAAGUCUUUCCAGAGAACGACCUUUUCCUUGCCACUUGUGACAUUUGAAAAGUUGAUGUUGUGGGUAAAUGCUGAGAAUAUAGGUUUAGUGAUUGACUGUGGGCCUGAGACAGUGAAGCCUUUGACUCAACACAUCGCUGCCAUACCAGAGUCCUCCACAGCUAUCUUGGGUUGCAACAGGAAUGGAGAAGAUGCAUUCCAGGGGACACUGCUGCUGGCAAAGCUUUUCUCACGUGAGCUGGAUGUUCGACCGUGGUCUUGUGACUUGGGAGAAGAUUUAAUGCAGUCAGACGAAAGUGUAAGCUCUGUAAGUGUUGAUGAGAAGCUAUCUGACAUGGAAAACGUGAUGUCUGAGCUCAUGCGUAUGGUUACCAUGCUGAAAACACAGAAUAAAGACCUCAUUAAAAGAGUAGAGUACUUGGAGACGUGUGAAUGCCGUUCAUUGUGUACCUUUGAUGGGACCACAUAUCAAGAGGAACAGACCUGGGAGCCAGAUAUCUGUACUCGCUGCAUCUGUCGGGUCAACUGUACUCAGCUGUUCUGUUUUGCACAACUCUUCCAGAAUGGGACACCACAGUGUACAAGAAAUCCGGACUUACCUCAGUGUUCAGCGCCAUGCCUGGGUGGACCAUGUCAGCACGGUGGGUCAUGUAGACCAUCACCAGGGGAAGACAACUUUGUCUGUGAUUGCCCUAAACCAUUUGAUGGGGAAACAUGUGACACUCGCCUUAACCCAUGUGUGUGGCCACAAGAUAGAGGGCGCUGUAACCAAACCCUGACCAGAUUUUAUUAUGACAGGUUCACUCAGAUCUGUCUACCAUUUAACUAUACAGGCUGUGGGGGAAAUAUGAACAACUACGAGACAUUAGAAGAGUGCGAGUCAGUGUCAUUGAUAGGGGCAUGUUGUUACCGGCGGUAUUCCACCUCAAUGAAUGCUGUAGCCAAUGGGGAGACUGGCGAAGAACACAAUUGCAAGAGACUUCCAUUAGGCCAAUGUAAAUCUCUGCAUCGUGUAAUGGAAGGCACCAUGGAGACAGAGGUGGUCUCAUUCUACCCAGGCAUGGAUUGUCAAGAAGCGGCUUGUUUUACCCCAUCUGGUGGCUGUCACCUGGACGGCAAAUCCUAUGAUCAAGGGGAUGUCACUCAGCAUAGGUGUCAAGAAUGUACUUGUCAGAGUUCAGGAUUAUUCUUGUGCAAAUGUGCCAGCCGCACUGUCAGGAGAGAGAUUCGGGACCUCAGUCGCGAGGAGUUGGUGGAGUUCCAGCAUGGGGUCACCGCCCUGCACCGCUCGGGGGUCUGGGAGGAGCUGCGUGAUAUGUAUAUGGCUCACAGUAUGCACAGCCAUGGAGGGGCAUCCUUCCUGCCCUGGAACCGCCUCUUCUUGCACAGGAUGGAGGCGCGACUUCAGGAAGUCAACUGUAACAUCUCCCUACCCUAUUAUGACUUUACCACAGAUGUCGCCAACUUCAAAGACGCCAUUAUUUGGCAGCCGAACUACUUUGGUGGAGACGGUGAAGGGCCAAUGAGAUGUGUUCCUGACCAUCCUUUUGGACACAGGAAGUCGUGGAAACCUUGCCUGAGCCGCAGCUUUAACACGUCUAUCAGGCUGCCUUCUGUGACAGAGCUUGCGUUAGCUGUGAAAAAUGAAGACUUCCAUACAAUGUCCACCUCUUUGGAGGCCUUCUCGGCCUACUUGCACAGUUACAUAGGUGGCGACAUGGCGACCGCAGCGGCAGCCUAUGACCCCAUCUUCUAUGUUCUCCACUCCUACAUUGACCAUCUCUACUGGACAUGGCAGCAACAACAUGAGGCAAAUAAGUAUAAAUUUCCUGCUGUGGCUGGUAGUGUUCCACUCUUGCCUUACAACAUUGCACCUAAAGAUAUUUUAGACAUGGAAGAGGCUUUGUGUGUUUCAUAUGCAGAAAUCUCCAAAGGCCAUGCUUGCAACACAACUUUCCACCCUCCAACCCUGAAGAGCACCAGUACUAACUUUGUGGAAGAAGCAAAUGGCUUUGACAUGUUUGGUUAUGACAAAGAGGGCUUGGAUAGAAGAGGAUUUGACAGAGAAGGCUUCAGAAAGAAUGGCUACAACCGUGAUGGGUUUGACAGAGAGGGUUUUGGUGUUGCUGGAUACAACCGACUGGGGUAUAAUCGUGAUGGCUAUGACAUCAUAGGCUUUAAUCCUCUGGGUAGGGACAGAGAUGGUAAUGUGGACACUUCUGGGCGGUUUGAGACAGUGGAGAGGCACUCUCAGUGUCUGCAAAGAUCGGGGUUAAACCCUGAAGGAUAUGACCGAUAUGGGUUCUCAGUCGACGGUUAUGAUGUAAACUACUGUAACUUCUCCUACCACGGACCAUUCUCUCCAAUUGAGUCAUUCAAGGUGUGGCAUACCCUGCUUAACCAGACCCCGACAUUAAUUAAAUCUCUGCCCAGGACCUGUCCUCCUCUUCAGCCACUUCCUCAGCAGUGGUUUAAUCUCCACUGGAUUACCUCCCUUUAUGAUGUCACAGGUCAAGUUAGAGAACAUACCCCCACCCUGGCAGAUAGCCAACCAGCAUCACAGUUUUGCCUGGACACCAGCUCUAUUCUCACCCCCUGCUCAUGUUCCCAGGCCUUAGCCAGCUGUACCAAGAACCCCUGUCUGACCACAGACUGCCCGAUGUACCCAGAGGCCACCUGUAUGAUCAGCUUCUGUGGCGAUUGCCAGCCCAGGUGGAUCGUGGAUGGGCUUGUUGUGGAUUGUCACCAGCCCAGAGAUUUCUGCCACCCUAACCCCUGUCAGCAUGGAGGCGUAUGUGUACCGUCAGCAUGGAGAGGGGAACCUGAGCUGGUCACAUGUCAGUGUGCCCCAGGAUACGAUGGACCACGGUGUGAACACCCUGCUCUGGAUGUCUGUGAGCUGCCUGUUAGCCUGGGUAAAUGUAACGAAAGCCUGACACGCUGGUACUUCAACCCACGCUCAUCAUCUUGCGAAGAGUUCAUAUACACUGGUUGCCUAGGAAAUGCAAACAACUUCCCUUCUUUCAAAGCCUGUCGGUAUCGCUGUAUGAUUGGGGCAUGUUGUUCUCGAUCCUCGCGAAUGCCGGGACACAUCCAUGGGUACGACCUCCGGGGAUAUGACAGGUACGGGUUUAACUAUCUUGGACUGGAUGAAGACGGCAGGAGAAGAACCGUUGAUUUAGCUACUGGAACGGGAUCCAAACUUUAUGAUCGCCAUGGAUAUGAUUGGAGAGGAUAUGACCGGAAUGUUUAUGAUGUUGAAGGCUUAGAUCACCAUGGUUACGACAGAGAAGGUUAUGGCAGAGAAGGGUUUAAUCGGUCUGGUUUGAACCGGUUUGGAGAGUUUGACGGCAUCAUUGAUUACAACAAGGAGGGCUUUGAUGAUGAAGGAUUUGAUAGGGCAGGCUUCAACUGCUACGGCUUUAAUCGUGAUGAUGUGGACUAUGAGGGUCUGGUUGGGGGGUAUCGGUACGACUGUCGUCACACGACCUUACAGCAGUGUCAGCAGCUAGAGGAAGACAUCGGCGAGGUGGUGCAGUUCUCACCUGGUCGUCGCUGUCACCAGGUCAGCUGCGUCAACAGGUGUGGUUGCAACCACUAUAACCAGACCCUCAGCUUCGGGGAGCAGUUCAGGUCAGGAUGCCAGCAGUGCAUGUGCACUCAGCGUGGCGUCGUUGACUGCCAGUGUUCUAUCGUACAGGGCAGGAAAGAGGUGCGGGAUAUGCCGCGUCUCGAUCUGCAUCGAUUUCAGAAUGCGGUGAAAUCCCUCACGGGUGGUUAUCACUCCCGCUGGUACAAACUGUCUGAAAUGUACGCCAUGUACAAACCACAGUUUUACGGGACCCCAAACUUCCUGCCCUGGAACAGGUACUUUUUAAGGACAGUUGAGCACGCCCUUCAGUCUGUGGACUGUGAUGUGACCAUUCCUUAUUUUGAUUGGACAAUGGAUGUGGGAGCCAUGGAGAAAUCAGCUGUUUGGGCAGCCAAUAUUUUUGGUAACAACGGACACCCUGUUAAUGGCUGUGUGCGUCACCAUCCCUUUAAAGAGAAAUACCCGCCUUACUGGGUUCCGUGCUUACGGCGACGCUUCAAUGCUUCAGUGAAUCUUCUUGAUGCUGUGGACGUUGAGCAAAUGCUGCGAGAAAGCUCCUAUGAGCAGUUCCGUCUGAAGAUGGAGCUGAUGUCUACCUUGUUCCAGACAUGGGGUGGGGGUCACAUGAUCACAGACAUGGCCCCAUAUGACCCCGCUUUUCUGUCUCACUUGGCCUUCCUGGACAAACUCUGGACAGACUGGCAGAAGAGAAACCCAGGUCAUGUGUUCAAGUUUCCUAUGGAACAUCGCUACACAUUUCUCCGACCUUUUGCCGUCAGCCCCGAUGAUGUUAUGGAUUGUGAGAAACAGAUGUGUGUUAAAUUCAUCCCCAUAGGAGAAGGAAUGCCAUGCAAUGCCAGCAUUCCAAACUUCAGCUACGGCCCUGAUGGAUUUGAUCGGCAUGGCUACGAUAAAGAAGGCUUCAAUAAGCAGGGAUACAAUGUGUCUGGUUACACACGAGAUGGAAAAUUUGAUGAUCGUAACAUAUUUGAUAUUCAUGGUUACGAUCAACAAGGUUUUGGUCGCCAUGGAUAUGAUCAAAGCGGACUGGACAGGUAUGGAUUUAGAGUCAACACCUUUAACCUGGAUGGUUUUGAUGGUGAAGGGUUUGAUCAGUCUGGAUACAAUCGUUACGGAUUUGAUCGCAAUGGUAAGACACCUUUUGGUUUCCACAUCAACAAUACAGACUUGACAGAAACCAAUACCAUCAGGCCUCAGACCUUUGAUCCGUUUGGCUACAAUCGAUACGGAUUUGAUAAAUUUGGUUACGAUCGUGAAGGGUAUGACGUGUUUGGUUACAACUCUGCGGGUUUUAACAGAGCUAAGUGUCGGCACUAUUUUGUUGGGCCCAUGUACCUGAUUGUGAAGAGGCUGAUCAGCCAGAAGCUGAAUUUGCUUGAUGAUAAAGACCUGAGACUGCUGAUCAGGGUGUGUCCUGGGAGCAGCAAGAUCCCUGAGUGGAUUUACACACGAAACUGGCUGAAGAGAGGAAACCAGAUCCCACUGAGCCUAGAGACUGAAACUUCUCGACGUCUGAGGAAAGUGCAGUCUGAGGAACCCCUCAGGAAGUCGUUUGUCACGGCGGAACAGUUAUGGGUUCCAGAACCUCCUGACAGAAGGUUUUGUUUUGUGACGUACCAGUACUCAGAGUGUCCAUUAGGUCAGCCCCCAGUCACUUGUUCUAAGGAGCUUUGUGAGGACAGGCGCUGCCCAGGACACCCUCAGGCCGGGUGCUGGACCCGUGGCUGUAGGAAAUGUUACCCGGACUAUUAUGAUGGGAUUUCUGGCCAGAACAUUAACUGUACAGGCUGCAUUGAUAAUGAGGGCAGGAUGAGAGCUGAGAACACAACAUGGCAGACGUCAGAGUGUAGAAUCUGUCAGUGUCAGAGGGGUAAUGUGGGCUGUCAGAGGAUUGACUGUCCCGACGUUAAUUGUCAACACCCAGUCAAGGCAAAGGGUCAGUGUUGUCCAUCUUGUGAAGAUGGCUGUUUUUACAAGAAUCAAGUAUAUGAGAGUGGCAAGCCAAUCAGUGACGGAUGUGAUUUGUGCAUGUGUUACCAUGGUAAUGUGACAUGUGCCCAGAAGACUUGCCCCGACAUCCACAACUGUAGGACCCCAGCGGAUCUGGAGGGAGAAUGUUGCCCAGUCUGCCUGGAGUGUGAGGGGCACAAGGACGGGGAACAAUGGCAGGAGACACCAUGUCUGACCUGUACAUGCACUGAUGGUCAAAAGGUGUGUAAUAAGCUUGUGUGCCCAGAACUGCCCUGUGCCCACCCGUACACCCCAGAGGGCGACUGCUGCCCUGUCUGUGUUGGUUGUUACUAUGGUGAUGUCAUAUAUCAGGAUGGUGAGGAGUUUCAGCCUGAUGCAUGUGCCGUGUGCCGCUGUAACCAAGGUGAUGUGGAAUGUACAACAAAGACCUGCCCACCCACCACUUGUGAGAAUCCCAUCCAGCCUCCGGGACUAUGCUGUCCUGUCUGUGAUGCAGCCUGUAGUUAUGAGGGCAGCAUUUACCAUCACUCAGAGCAGUUCAUCCCCAGCUAUGAUCCCUGUCUGAACUGUUCUUGUACCAACUCUGUUGUCCGUUGCUUUGCCAUCAAGUGUUUUCCACACCAAGUCACCUGCCGACGGCCUGUGAAGAAACCUGGAGAGUGUUGUGCGACAGAAUGCCCCAAAUGCACCCACAAUGAUCGUCAGUACGAGCAUGGUGAAAUCUGGACCCCAGACGAGACAGACUGUCAGAUGUGUGAGUGUCGUGACGGGCUGGUGAGCUGUAAAGUACAGCAGGAGUGUGAACUGGAGUGUACUCAUGGAGUGAUUCUUACUGGGGAGUGCUGCUCUGCAUGUACAGACUGCCUGUAUGAUGGGCGUGUCAUUCCCAACAGUCGCUACUUCUCACGAACUGGUGACAACUGUGAGCAGUGUGUGUGUCGCCAUGGUAACAUCCAAUGUGAAGUUGUAGACAUAUGCCCUCGACUGUCCUGCACGAGAACAGAGGUUGUCUCUGGUACUUGCUGUCCCAUAUGUAAAGGCUGCCCACAUGAGGGAAGAUUUUUCCGCCACAAUGCCAUGGUUCCUGCUCCAAAUGCCUGCACAGACUGCACAUGUCAAGAAGGCGAGGUGGUAUGUACCCCAAAGCCCUGUCCCCUGAUCUCCUGUAACAACCCUCAGGUGCUGGAGGGAGAAUGCUGCCCUGUCUGCACCCACUGUGUCUACGACCAGCAAAUGUAUGAUGAGGGACAGACCUUCAUACCUGCAAGAAACCCCUGUUAUCGCUGCACGUGCUCAAAUGGCCAUGUAGACUGUGGGGAGACAAUCCAGUGUGACCCCCCUCGAUGCACCCACCCUGCCCGAGUCGUGGGACAGUGCUGCCCCAUCUGUGAACACUGUGACUUUGAGAGGCGACGCUUCAGGAACGGUCAGAUGUUCUCACCUCCCAGUGGUGACCCAUGUCAAGUCUGUACCUGCAAGUCAGGCUCCGUGAUAUGUGAUAAAAUUCGGUGCUCACCCGUGAACUGUGCUAACUCUUACAUCCCAGCCGGGCACUGCUGUGAGACCUGUCCCCCAUCCUGCCGCUUCCAGGGUCAGGAAUACCCAGAGGGGGACAAGUUUGACCACCCUAAUGACAGGUGUAGCAGCUGUAACUGUAAGAGUGGGGUGGUGAUCUGUCAGCCUAAGCCCUGUGAACACCUGACAUGUACCCACCCAGCACGGGCCCUGGGGGAGUGUUGCCCUUCCUGUAACCUCUGCGCACACGAUCGCCGUCUGUUCCGUAAUGGACACACUUUCCGUCAUCCUAAGGACAAGUGCCAGGAAUGCCUGUGUCGGGAUGGAUCAGUGAACUGUCAGCCACGACCUUGUUCCCCUGCACCAUGCCCAGAACCCCUUAGUCUGCCAGGAGAGUGCUGCCCUAUCUGUCCACCUGAAACAUGCGAAUUUCAAGGUCAGCAAUUCCAGCAGGGCCAAAGAUUUCCCAGUCAAAGAGACCCUUGUGAGGAAUGUGUUUGUGAUCGAGGCAGAAUCUCCUGUCAGAGGAUGCAGUGUGCUACUGUGACAUGUUCACACCCAUUGAAUGGAGACUGUUGCCCGUCUUGUGACGGCUGCACGUUCUUUGGUCGCCCUCUGCCUAGUGGCCAGACGAUGCGUAACCCGUACUCCAGAUGUGAGGACUGCACUUGCCGCGGGGGUAAUGUGACUUGCUUGGAGCGCCCCUGUGCCCCCGUGUCCUGCCAGCACCCGGCACCACUGGACUGCUGCCCAUCCUGUAGGCAGUGCCUGUAUCUUGGAAGACAAUACCGUAAUGGGCAAAGGUUCCCUGAUGCCACAGAGCCUUGCAGUGAGUGUGUAUGCCAUAAUGGCACUGUUACAUGUGCAGCCGUCACCUGCGGUGCAAAUCUGCCCUGCCAGAACCCAGCACAAGGUAAGUGCUGUCUGGAGUGCAACGACUGCAGCUUCUUCGACAAGCGCUAUCGCAAUGGACUUGCAUUUGACGAACCAACCAAUGAUUGCAAAGUUUGCUUGUGUCGAGAUGGGAACGUGGACUGCCGUGACAAGACAUGUCCUCCGGUGCAGUGCCGUUACCCAGUGCAGGGGAAGUGCUGCCCUGAAUGCACUGGUUGUCUGUAUGAUGGGGUACAGCAUCAGGAAGGGGCGAUGUUCCCUGAUGCUGCGGACACCUGUAACAAAUGUGUGUGUCAGCGAGGAGAUGUGGUGUGUCGCCCCAGACAGUGCCCCAAUGCCCUGUGCAGCCACCCUGUAAAAAAUGGAUGCUGCGAUGAGUGCUCCGGCUGCAGCUAUCUCCAGGUACAAUAUGACAAUUCCCAAACAUUUGAGGAUCCACGUAACCCGUGCCACACUUGUCAAUGUGUGCGAGGGAAUGUCCGCUGUCAAGUGAGGCCCUGCCCCGACGCCCCUUGUCAGCACCCUGCCCAGGGGCGCUGUUGCCCCGAGUGCGGGAACUGUCUACACAGGGGUAGAGAGUACCUGGAUCAGCAGAUCAUUCAGGAUGACCGAGACCCUUGUAAGUAUUGUCAGUGUCACCAGGGCAAUGUGGAGUGCCAACCCAAGAUGUGCACCCAACCUGCUUGUAGUCAUCCCAUCCAGGGGUUGUGCUGUCCAGAGUGUGACGGGUGUUUCUAUAACCAGGCAGAAUACCGUAAUCAACAGUCAUUCGCUGAUCAGACAGAUCCGUGUAAGGUGUGUCAGUGCAGGAACGGAGAUGUUGUGUGUCGUCAGCGACAGUGCAGGCGAGUUGUGUGUCGUCAUCCAGUCCAGGGCCAGUGCUGUCGAGAAUGUGAAGACUGCUUGUACGAAGAUGUCAGACGAAGGAACAACGAGGUUUUCCAGGAUCUGAAAGACGAGUGCAACAUCUGUCAGUGUGCGCGAGGCAACGUGGUUUGCAGAAAGCGAGCUUGUCCAGCGGUGACAUGUCAACAUCCUGUGCAGGGUCAGUGCUGUGCUGAGUGUGAACAGUGCCUCUUUGAGGGAACGCAGUACGAGAACGGUAAGGGGUUUAGCGAAAGCGGAGGGGGUGGGGUAGGAUGCCGGGAUUGUCACUGCUCCCGGGGCACCAUGACAUGCCGUAGCCCACAGUGUCCACCGGUGACCUGCCGCCACCCUGUCCAGGGUGCCUGUUGCCAGGAGUGUGAUGCCUGCCGCUACAACGGACAGGUUUACGACAACGGCCAGCGGUUUGAGGACCCUGCAGACCAGUGCAGGGAGUGUGACUGUGCGGAUGGAACUGUUCAGUGCCAGGACAAACCCUGCCCCGUCAUGACCUGCCGACACCCUGUGAAGAUCGAAUGCUGUCACGAAUGCAGUGACUGUCUCUACGAGAACCGAACGAUUCGCAGUGGUACAGAAUUCCCGGACACAUCGGACCCGUGCCGUCUUUGCGUAUGCCUGCGUGGCACAGUGACCUGUAGACGGAAAGAGUGCCCUGUGACGUAUUGCACCCACCCUGUUCAGGGGCCGUGCUGUCUACAGUGCAGUGGUCAGUGUCUGUACCAGGGACAGGUCAUGGACAGUGGCCAAUCUCUGGAGAAAGACUGUCAAAAGUGCUUGUGUGUAAAAGGAAAUGUCCAGUGCGAGCAGACCUACUGCCCUAUGCUAUCCUGUCUGCACCCGGUCAGUCUGCCUGACAAGUGUUGCCCUGAAUGCAGCCACUGCUUCUACAAUGGCCGGCGGUAUAUCAACGGUCAGACCUUUAGCGAUGUCAGGAACCAGUGUAAGGAAUGCAACUGUCAGGAUGGCACAGUGACCUGCUCCAAGAGGCCCUGCUCCCCAGUCUCCUGCCAGCACCCGGUGAUGGGGCAGUGCUGCCCUCAGUGUGGGGCAGACUGCCUGUUUGAGGGGAGGAGGGUGCCCCAGGGGUCCAGUUUCCCCAGUGCAGAGGACAAGUGCCAAACUUGUACAUGUAGGAAUGGAGACGUUGUGUGUGAGGACAAACAGUGCCCUAAACUGGACUGUCUGAAGACAGUGACUGAGCCUGGGGAGUGUUGUCCUAAAUGUUCAGGUUGUAUGUAUGAAGGUGUUCAUUAUGAGGAAUCCUCUAACUGGAUCCUGCAGGACAACCCCUGCGUCUCAUGCAUGUGCAGCACUGGGGUGAUUACCUGUGAUGAGUUGAGCUGCCUUACCAUGUGUGAGAACCCUAUCAAAAUGCCUGGCCAGUGCUGCCCUGUCUGCCCCACAUGCAAAUACAAUGGAGCCUCUUACGAAGAUGGAGACGAAUUCAACCCUAAUGGAGACCCUUGUGACAUUUGUAAAUGCAUGAAGGGCCAUCUGCGAUGUAUCCAUGAAACCUGUCCCAAUGUGAACCACUGCCCCUCAGAACAGGUCAUACCAGCUAAGCCAGGGGUGUGCUGCCCAACCUGUGCAGGAUUUGGCACUAACUGCACAAGGGAACAUUUAGGAAUGAUGUUACGACCUCGUGCAGAUGACCCUUGCUUUGUGUGCGAAUGUAAGGCAUCAUUCAACUGGAUCUGUACAAAGGAGUCAUGUGAUGCUCUGUCAUGCCCUGUCUCUGAGCAGAAACCUGUGCCAGGUCAAUGCUGUCCUCAGUGUCCAGUGUGUUACGUGAGACGAACUGGUCGGUACUACCAUGAGGGGGAGGAAUGGCAUGAUGAGGAGAACCCCUGUAUAACCUGUGCCUGUUCGGAAGGCUCUGUACAGUGUAGUAUGGUGGACUGUCCAGUUGUCCAGUGUGGGCCUGGAGAAGAGCUGAUACAGCCCGAGGGCAGGUGCUGUGAGGAGUGUAGCAAGACCAGACAACUCAAGUGUCUUCAUCGUGGCAGAGUUUACCAGGCUGGUGAGGAGUGGAAGGCUGAUGAAUGCACAAGCUGUACCUGUGGAGGGGGUAAGGCCUUGUGUAAUGUACAGCAGUGCUCUACCCUGGAGUGUCCUGCUGACGAGAUUCCAUCCCUGUCCCCUGGAAGCUGCUGUCCUGUCUGCCUGGCCAAACCGGCCACCUGUCUUGUGUUUGGAGACCCUCACUACAAAACCUUUGAUGGAACCACCUACCACUUCCAGGGCACAUGUCGCUAUAUCAUGGCCACAGACUGUGAAGGAGGAGACUUCACGGUAGAGGUUCACCAUGACGACAGAGGUGUGGAGGAGAAAGUAUCCUGGGCUCAGAACCUCACUGUCAAACUAGCCGAGUUCACGGUUGAUCUGCUACAGAACCAUGUUGUCAGGGCAGGAGGCAGGGAGGUAAGCUUACCAUAUUUUCAGGAGCCAUACUUCUAUGUGGAGAGAAGUGAAAACACAAUCCUGCUCAACACAAACUUGGGUGUGAAGCUAUCAUGGGAUGGAGCCAGUACGGCAGAGCUGAGUGUACCCGGCACGUACAAACGUAGAACCUGUGGGUUAUGCGGCAACUUCAAUGGCUUCCCACAAGAUGAUAUGAAGACCAAGAUAGGGAAGAUUACAAAUUCCCCUGCGGUGUUUGGAAACAGCUGGAAGAUUAAUGAUCAGUGUGGUGAUGCUGAAGAUAUAGACCCUUGUGCCAAAGCUGGGUACAGGGCCAAGAAAAUAGCCAAUGUGAAAUGUGCAGUCAUCAAGAGUGAUCUGUUUGCCCGAUGUCAUAGAGUUAUCUCCCCUGAGCCCUUCUUCUCCUCUUGUGUAUUUGAUAUGUGUGUGUGCUCUGAAGAGACGGACUGCCUAUGUAAUGUUCUCGCCUCCUAUGCCCAUGAGUGUGCCAAGGCUGGGGUCAGGCUACAGUGGAGGUCCUCAGCCCUGUGUGCCAUAAGUUGCCCAGAAGACCGAGGUUUUAUAUUUGAUGAGUGUGGUCCACCAUGCCCAAGGACUUGUGAAAACCAAAACACACCUCUGGGUAACAUCGAGGAAUACUGCUUCAAACCCUGCAUUCCAGGAUGUCAGUGUGUUGCCGGGAAAGUGGUGCAUGAUGGGAAGUGUGUGAACCCCAGUGAAUGCCCCAGUUAAUCUUCAUCAAUCAUGACCUGGCUUGAACAUUGGCCCAGCUUGAACAUUGGCCCAGCCUUUGACAAUUUUGAGUGUACAAAUCUAUAAAUCCAUAUAUGAAAGAAUGGUAACUAUCCAGAUAACUGUGCCUUACGAAUGGUUAUGAAAUUUAUAAUUCUGAAGUGCCAACUUUAAAAACUGUUAUGAUGUUAUGAAAAUAUUGCGCAUGUAUAGCAUUACAUGUUUAUUGUCCUUAUAAGGAUAUCAGAGCUCAAAUUUCAUCAGAUUUUACUUAUCCUGCAUGUCCACAUUGAUAGUAUGGGAGAUACAAUUAUUUAAGAUGA